AUGGGUCGUCCGAGACAUCUGACCACCGCGUUACCGCGGGAGCUCCGCGCAGAGCUGGGUCUGCGAGAUACCUACGGCGACAAGAAGAACCGGCGCAACACGCCCGCCGCACGGAAAGACCGCCGCCGCGCAGAACGGGCAGAGAAGAAGACGAAACGAGCGCCGGUGUCGAAGAAGGGCCGUUCGCAGCGAGGUGGCGACGACGAUGGCUUCGACGAUGACGGUGGAUUCGAUGAGAUGGAGGGUCUUGGAGACGGGGACUCGGCGUCGGAAGACGACGUAGCGGCGACGAUGGCCAAGCUGGCGAAGCAGAAGAAAGACAAGCCCAAAUCGAUACUCAAGAAGGCGAAGCCAGUCGAGUCGGAAUCUGAAGAGGACGAGCCACAACCGCCGCCGCGGAAGGUUUCUAAAACUGUCCAGGAGAAGCUUGACCAGGAUGAUGCGGAGAUUGCGGCGCUGGAGAAGAAGCUCGGCCUGAAGAGGGGGAAGAAACUGCCAAAGUCUUUUGCCGAAGACGGGCUGGAUGAGCUACUGGGUGAUUUGGGUGACGGGUCCGCGGAUGAGGGUCGGAAGCGCAAGAGAGAAGCCGAUGAGUGGCUGCGGAGCAAACGGAGAAAGGCCCAGGGCCUCGAGUCGGAGUCCGAGGAUGACGCAGAAAGCGACGAAGACAUCGACCUGGACGAGGAGGACGACGACGGCGAGGAGGAUGAGUUCGACGAGGAUGAUGAUCUACUGGGCGAUCUCGCCGAGGAUAGUGGCGAGGACGACGCCGACGAAGAUGAAAAAGAGCCCGCACCGAAGAAGAAAGAAAAUCCCUAUGUUGCGCCGGUGGUCGAGACCAAGGAAGACCGUCCUCAGAAAUACAUCCCUCCGUCGCUACGCGCUGCAUCCAACUCCGAAUCCGAAUCGAUGACCCGCCUACGGAGACAGGCGCAGGGUCAGCUGAACAAGCUGUCCGAGGCCAACUUGGUGUCAAUUCUUGCAGAGUUCGAGAAACUGUAUCGAGAGUAUCCCCGGCAGAACGUGACGUCUACGCUGAUAACUCUGCUGUUUGGCCUUAUCUGCGAGAGAUCUGCACUGCAAGACACCUUCGUCAUCCUCCACGCAGGCUUCAUCGCGGCUUUGUACAAAGUCGUGGGCAUGGAUUUCGGUGCAGAACUCGUCCAGAAACUGGUCGAGAUGUUCGACGCGCGCGGCGACGAACGGGGCCAGUUCCAAGGAAAAGAGCUUAUCAACCUCAUCUCCCUGCUGUCCCAAUUGUACAACUUCCACGUUGUCGGGAGCACGUUGGUCUUUGACUACGUCCGGCUUUUCUUGGAAGAAAUCAACGAGGAGAACACCGAGCUGCUUCUCAAGAUCAUCCGAAACUCUGGCCCUCAGCUCCGACAAGACGACCCCUCCUCGCUGAAAGACAUCGUCCUGCUCAUCCAGCCGGCCGUCGCCAAAGCAGGCGAGGCCGCCCUCUCCGUCCGCACGAAAUUCAUGGUCGACACAAUCACCGAUCUCAAGAACAACAAGCUCAAAUCCGCCAUCGGCUCCAGCAUCACCUCCGAACACAUGACCAAGAUGCGGAAAAUCCUCGGAUCGCUCAGCAACAACCGCGUGAUCCGCGCCUCCGAGCCGAUCAGCAUCUCCCGCGACGACAUCCACAACUCGGCGAAGAAAGGCAAGUGGUGGCUCGUCGGCGCCAGCUGGAGGGAAGACCCGCUCGUGUCCGCGCGCCAGGAGUUGUCCAAUCUGCCCGUCGACACGCAAAAUGCCGUGCCGGAAGAUGACAGCGACGGCGAACCGGACUACGUGAAUCUCGCCAAGGCGCACCGCAUGAACACGGACGUCCGACGCUCCAUCUUCGUCGCCAUCAUGUCUGCGACGGAUUACCAGGAUGCGCACGUGCGCCUGCUGAAACUGCGGCUGAAGCGCGCGCAGGAGUACGAGAUCCCGCGCGUGCUGACCCACUGCGCCAUGGAGGAAGAAGCUUACAACCCGUACUACACGCUCAUAUCGCGCCGGCUGUGCGGCGAGCUCGGCCGCCGCAUCAAGAUGUCCUUCAUGUAUACAUUGUGGAACAUUUUCAAGCGCAUGGGCGAGACGGGGGAUAUGGACGACGAAGACGACACGGGCUUCGAUGAUGAAGACGAGAACCAGUUGCCCAUGAAGGCCGUUGUCAACUUGGCCAAGAUGUACGCCAGCAUGAUCGCCGACGGGACGCUGAAUUUUGGCGUGCUGAAGAUCCUGAACUUUGCCUACCUGCAGCCGAAGACGAAGACUUUCACCGAAAUUCUGCUCAUCACUGUUAUCCAGCUGUCGCAGAAGCAGAAGGGCAAGAAGGGCAAGAACAAGAAGCCUGAGGAGGAGGAGUCUAGGGAUGAGAAGGCCCUGAUGGAGAUCUUCAUGCGCACGCAGGAGACGCCGCAGGUUGCCAAGGGGCUGAUCUUCUUCCUACGCAAGGUCGUCGCGAAGACGGACGUCGUCUCCUCGAAGGAACUGAAGCUGGUGCGAUGGGGGUGCCGGGUUGCCGUCGACGCACUGAAAGCGGUGGCUAAACAGGGUGGUGAUCUCGAUUGA